AUGGCAAAUCCAAACCCGGAAGAAGCAAUCAAGUUUAUAUUUGCCGAGAUAAGAGAACGAUUACUCUGUUUUGAGUAUAUCAAGAACGGAAGCCUCGACAGAUAUAUUAAAGAUGAAUUAAGGGGACUUGAAUGGCACACACGGUACCAAAUUAUUAAAGGAAUAUGCAACGGCCUGGAUUAUCUUCACCAUGAAAAGGGUAUUAUUCACAGAGAUCUGAAACCUCCCAACAUACUGGUUGAUGAUCUUAUGGUACCAAAAAUAACAGAUUUUGGUAUAUCAAAACUCCUUGAUGGAGCAACACACGCGGUCACUAGUAACUCUGCAAUAUCAAUUGGAUACACCGCUCCGGAAUUCAUACAUCAUGGUGUGGUGUCAUUCAAGUCAGAUAUCUAUAGUCUGGGAGUUAUAAUCAUGGAGCUCGUGUCUGGACGUAAGGGCAACCCAGAUAUUAACAAUAUAAGACCUUACCCAUGGGAGCUGCUAGAGUUUGACAAGCUCGAGCUGAAUUUCCCCUUUGAGAAAAACAAGCAGAUACCAUGCUUACUUGAGUUAACCAACGUAACAGAUGGUUACGCUGCCUUCCAUAUCCAAAAGGGAGGAAUGCUGGAAUACUUCGUAGAGCCUGACAAAGGUGUUGUGCCAGCAGGAUCCAAGUGUAAUGUCAUUGUAACGCUGCAACCACGGAAGGCGGCGCCAUGUGAUACAAUGUGCAAGGACGAGUUCAUCGUGCGGUGCGCCGCUGUGAACCAGGGCAUCACAGCUGAGUAUAUCCACGAAGACAUGUUCAACAAGAAGUCAGGCAAGUUGGUCGAUGAGGUGACGUUGACCGUUGUUAUUUAG